AUGUCAAUAGCAGAAGAUAGUCCUUAUAAAGUUUUAUUUGAUAGAGAUCAAAAGAGUGCAUCUGGUAUACCUGCUGUUACUUUUAUUGAAGAUGUAGAAGCAUACUUAAAAGAUAAAGAGUUAGAGGAUGUAUUUAAAAUGUUACAAGACAGUCACGGAAAAUAUAAAUACUUUGAACAGAAACUCUCUGGUAAUGUCAGUAUUCUGACAAAUCGUGCAAAACAACUUCAAGAAACAAUAGAUGUAGAUGAUACCUUUAGUAUGAAUUAUGAAUUGUCAGAGGGUGUAUACUCGUCAGCAGAGAUUUCCAAACCACAAUCGAUAUACUUGUGGUUGGGUGCCAAUGUGAUGUUGGAGUACUCAUUCACAGAGGCAAAGGAGGUGUUGCGUAAGAAUAAAGAAACUGCAGAUAGACAACUUCGUGAGACCAUUCAGGAUCUCGGUUUCGUAAAGGAUCAAAUCACAACUGUCGAUGUCAAUAUCUCUCGUGUAUACAACUACGAUGUCAUUCAAAGACGUAAGAAACAACAACCAACCUCUGCAAUGGCACCAAUCGAAAAAUAA